AUGGACCACUUUCCGACGAACUGGGGCCGCCCGCGCAACGAUGCAUCUGACCCAUACGGCACAUAUCCCAUCCACCAACGCCCACCAGUAAAGGACACCUUCGCGGAGGGGGUCCAACGAACACAACAACCCAUUGUGACCGGUACAUCCGUGCUUGCUAUCCAGUACAAGGAUGGGAUUAUGAUGGCGGCCGACAACCUCGCUUCCUACGGCUCUCUCGCCCGCUUCAAGGACAUCAAACGUCUCCACCAAGUCGGAACGUCCACCGUCAUCGGGGCAUCCGGAGACAUGUCCGACUUCCAAGCCAUCCAGGCCUUCCUCGACGAGAUCGUCACGGACGAGUUCACCCAUUCGGACGGACACGACCUGGGUCCUGUGGAGGUCCACGAGUACCUCUCCCGGGUCAUGUACGCUCGCCGGUCAAAGAUGAACCCCCUCUGGAACUCCCUCCUCGUGGGCGGCUUCCGCGACGGCAAGCGGUUCCUCGGCUACGUCGACCUCCUCGGUACGACCUACUCAGCCCCCUCCAUCGCGACCGGAUACGGCGCGUACAUCGCCGUCCCCCUCCUCCGCGCCGCCGUCGACGGCAAACAAGACCAGCUCACCGAGGACAAGGCCAAGGAGCUCCUCCACGAGUGCAUGCGCGUCCUCUUCUAUCGCGACGCGCGCAGCAUGGACAAGUACCAACUGGCGACCGUGACCGCCGCCGGGGUGCACAUCUCGGACCAGAUCCAGCUCGAGACCGCGUGGGGCUUUGCGGAGGGCAUCCGCGGCUACGGCGCGCAGACGCAGUAG